GGGGUGGUUGGUUGUGUUCGUAUUUACUAGUACGUCCAGAAGACGAGGUGGUCCAGGCGCACCGGUACGUCGGAUGAUCCGUAGGUACCUAGGUAGGUAGAACCCCCACCGCCAAUCCUCCAAUCCCCAGCCGUCUGUGGUAUUGGACCUAGGUACGGAGUAGAUAGGAGCAGGUAUUGUGUAGCCUAGCGGACCUCGGCUCUUUCCAUCGCCCACGUUCUCUGCACCUACCAAACCACACCUUGUCAACGACUGAGAGAGGUGUCAAAUUGCACCUCAUCACCAUAUUCCACCACCCAAUGUCACCCAGAUGACAUCGACCAACUUUGCGCAAGCGCAGCAGCGCCUCGCAGCCCGUCGACAGGCCCGCGAAUCCAACAAUGCAGCCCGCAUCGCCGCGCAACGCGACGCAUCACAAGCUCGCGCCCGGAUCGAUCGUUUACCGUUCCCCCUCAGUCGCCUUGGCUUGGCUUGGGACUCGAUAUCAUCGCAGGAGGGCACCCGACCCGCCUUCAGGGUUGGUCAGGUCGAUGCAGAGUUGCUGGAUGACGAGUUGUUGGAACUCCUCCGCGGCCAGGUUGGCGAUGCGCUGAAAUACUUCGGUGGCGGCCACCUGAAAGACGACUGGUCCGCUGAAAUCCUUCUGGCGCUCCGCGCCAUCCUUUUCAAGUUGACUGUGUGGGACAACGAUGCGACCUACGGCGCAGCUCUACAGAAUCUGAAGUAUACGGAUGCGCGCAAGAGCGCCUCGGCCCUGGUCGCGCCGUCCAAGUGGCAGAAGUCCUUGUACGGGUUGGUUACCGUUUUUGGGAAAUACGGCUGGGAGAGAUGGGAGAACUGGCUCCUUGACCAUGACGACGGGUACAGCGACGAACCCAACCCUCGUCUUCAAAGGCUGUCGAGGAUCACGUCUCGAGCAACAACGCUGCAUGCCAGCGCAGCCUUCGUUUCUUUCCUUGUCUUUCUUCUGCAAGGGCGUUAUCGCACCCUGCUGGACCGAGCCUUGCGGAUGCGCCUGGCUCCGCCCACCAGCCAGGUGAGCCGAGAAGUGUCCUUCGAGUAUCUCAACCGGCAACUUGUGUGGCACGCCUUUACAGAAUUCUUGCUCUUCAUAUUGCCGCUCGUUGGCAUCAACCGGUGGCGGAGAUGGAUCUCCCGUACGUGGCGCAAGACGAAAGAGAUCAUCACUACCAAGGGAGACGAAGAUAAAACGGCAAAUGGCGAGUUUGGUUUCUUGCCCGAGCGCACCUGUGCCAUCUGCUACCAAGACCAGAACGCACUUGCGAGCACCGAAACGGAGAUUAUGGCCGCGGCAGCAUCGAGCGGUGUCAUUGGUUCGGCCCAGACUGAUAUCACCAAUCCUUACGAGACCAUCCCCUGCGGGUGCGUGUACUGCUUUGUAUGUCUCGCAACCCGCCUCGAUAGAGAAGAGGGCGAAGGAUGGACAUGUCUGAGGUGCGGAGAGCUCGUCAAAGAAUGCAAGCCAUGGAGCGGCGACGUUCUAGAGCCACCCAAGAAAUCACCCACUGCAAAGGUAGUUGCAUUUUCUGACGACGCCAAGGACGUUGAAAGUAAUACUGGGACGAAGGCCGAGGCUGAUGUCGAAGCUGACGUGGAAGUUGGCAAUGAGUUUGUCGACGUGCCCCAGCAUGAAGACCAUUCUACUGAUGAUACUGACGACACUGGUGAUUCCGAGGGUUUCGAGGAAACCAUGGACCAGGAUGAAUGAUUAUGUUUCACAAUAUAUCGCUGUACACUAUUCUGAGAGUUUAGAACUAAAACGACGAGCUUUUAUGCAGCAUCCAGAAUGCAUGAAUCUAGGCAUGCUGUAGGUAAGCGAAAUCAUUAUCAUACAGGGGAGUUCUGAGCCAAGUAUGCGGGCGUAGUCAUGACAAGGUAGUCUCCGAGCGUAAAAUAGCUUACCACAACGACUUUCAUAUACCGAGUUAGUUAUAUAGACAUGCCAACUAAUCUCUUUCAAC